ACGAAAUAUAGAGAAUCUUACGUCAUAAUAUCGAUUAAAAAAAACACACAAUCGCCGUUUUCCUCAGUAAGUGCCUUUCUUCUUAAAACCUCCUAUGAUUUAAUAGACUUCAGAGGUGAUAACACACUCCUUAUGAGCUUUCUGCUCUCAGCACAUUUUAACCUCUGGAAGGAAUAGUUGCUGCGCUGCAGUUUGUGAGAGAACUGCUCCGGAGAUCUACGCCUCCGAUAAACUCUCAGGAAUACAUGGACGCCAACAAAUGCAUCGACGAGCUCCUGAAGCAGCUUGAGGACGAGCGGAGGAACGUGCGAAGAGAGAAGCUGGCCGUGGCUCGCCUUCAGAGGGAAGUCGCACGGAGCAAGAGCGAAGGAACAAUGCGAGAGAAGCUGAUCCACGAGCUAGAGGAAGAGCGACGCCUGCGACUGGAGAGCGAGAAGCGUCUCCGGGAAGUGACGGAGGAGUCCGAGCUGGGCCGGGCGCAGAUGGUUUCACUGCAGCAACAAUUCUCCAGGAUGGAAGAGACGGUGCGGACGCUGCUGCAGAACCAGGGCGUCCUGGAGCAGACUGCUGUGGACACAGUGGACAUCAUGAAGGCCUACAAGGAUAAACUCUCGGAGGAAGUGCAGAAGCAGCACGCCGGCGCCGGAGAGAACGGACCCCCCCCGCCGGGGGCGCCUCCAGCCGAGCCGGACCUCGGGCGGCUGCUGGAUCCUGAAGCAGAAGAGGACAGAACCCUGGUCCUGCUGGAGCGGCUCAACGCCCUGGAGGAGAGGAACUCGACGCUGACCUCGGAGAACGAGAACCAGAGGGAGCAGUACGAGCGCUGUCUGGACGAGGUGGCCAAUCAAGUUGUGCAGGCGCUUCUCACCCAGAAGGAUCUGAGGGAGGAGUGUCUGAAGCUCCGAACCCGAGUCUUCGACCUGGAGCAGCAGAAUCGGGCGCUGGGCGUUUUGUUCCAGCAGCGGAUCAAACCGGCCUCAGACAUGCUCCUGCAGAAGCUCCACUCACGCAUCAUGGAUCUGUCUGCGGCCGACUUGCUUCUGGAGCCGGAGCGGAGCAGAGCCUUCUUGCUCUCCAGGAACACGGACUCUCCUUCUAACGAGGUCCAGUGGAACGGGAAGUCCGGUCUGCCGGGGACCAAGUGUCUGAGCCAGCUUAGUCUCACCGUGGCGGCGGCGCCGGUUUACCAGCGCAGCAGCUGCAGCAGCAGCGAGCUGUCGCUGUCCAGCGCCUGCAGCGAGUUCUCCAGCGGCUCCUACACCUGGAACGACGGGCGCUCCUGUGGAAAAAUGUCGUCCCUGACCUGGGAGAAGAGGCUGAGUUUGGGUUCGUCGGCUCCCAGUAACAUCUGCGCCCCCCCCGAGGAGCAGGCGCCCACACGCCGCAAGGAGAGCAACAUCCUGGAGGGCCUGAGGAAGCUCCAGAGGAGGAAACACCGGAGCUCCUCCUGCUCCUCCAGGGUCUCGAGGUCCGGGGAAAAAGACUGUAUGAACUCCAACGAGGGUAUCUACUCCCUGGGGGUGAAGACCACCGGCCAGGUGGUCUCCAAGCCCACCCAGGAGGGGCGGCCCUCUGCCGGGGGGGCCAAGAAGUUCUCGUAUGAUUCUGACGAUGCAGACGAUGAACUGGCACAUUCCGGCCGUGGAGAUAACAUCCCCACCAAGGACGGGUGGUUCUUCUGUAAGAGACGCUCCCGCAGCAUCUCAGAGAGCUUGUGCAGCUGGGAGGGGCUCCAGGACGGCGGAGGGGGGGGUGACUCGGUUCCCGUGGUUACGAAGCAGCCCCCAGGUUACGACUCCAAAGAGCAUCCGGAGAAACUCAUGAGCUUCAUCAACAGUUUCCUCCCUGAGGGAGGGCGGACCUCAGCUUUUUCUAAACCAACCAAGCUGCACUACAAGCCCCCCGACCCCGAGGGUCCGCACCCCCUCUCUGACGUGGACGACCCGGAGGAGCUGACCUCUGAGUCCAGUGACCUCCACGUGUCCUUCAGCCGGCCGCCAGCGCAGGCAGAGAGGGACGCCAAGCGGCUGUCGAGGGACGCCGCCAAGCUGCUGGUCCAGCAGUGUCUGAGACGAGAGCAGGGACGCACCCAGUCCGCGGACGGGAGGUCGCGACCUUUCAGCCUCAUCAAGGAGCCCAAGGUCACCACACACACUCAGUCUGAAGAAAGCAUCCUGGCCAUCUUUGACGCAGAAGGAGAACCAAUCGAACUCUGUUCUCAGAGACUCUCUGCAGGGGCGGGGUCUCGACAGGACGUACCAGGUGGAAAAGCGGUUGCUGAUUACGCGGAGCUGGUUCCACAGGAGAGACCAACGCGGCAGACGGCAUCGAACACACGGAACUACAGCGUCCUGGAGUCUCCAGAGAAACCCUCCGAGUAUCAGAUCAGGUCGAGGAAGACGAGCAGAGAGGACAUGCAGCUGACUCCUCAGAGGAAGCUCAUCAAACCCACGAGCAGCCGAGCGAGCAAAGGCCUCUCCAUCCCCCCCAUGACGGAUUCCAGUCCGAAGGGGGGCGGGUCGAAGAUACCGGGUCGGAACAAACCUUCUGCCUCUCCUUUGAGACUCUCCAAGGGUUCCACCACCGAUCAGAGUAACUCUGCUCAGGAGAAACCCUCCUCCUCUUCCACGCUCAAGAUCUCCAGGUUCAUCAAGACGUCAGGAAGCUCCUCCCACAGCCCGAAGGCGCCGAACUCCAAACCGCCCAGCAGGGCCGAGUGGAGCAAGACCGCCUCCUCCUCGCCAGGUUCUCCUCUCCUGGCGAGGAGGCACCUGGAGUUCUCUGACCACGUGGAGCAGCCGACCAGAGACAAACACUGUGAAACCAGCAAAAACAAACUCAGGUCCCCUUCUCCUCCGCCCCCCCCAGGCCGCACCACCUCCUUACUCAUCAGACCAAACUACGAAGGGUCGCCUCAUGCACAUAAACCGGGCGCAGCUCAACAAGCCACACCCACCUCGGUGAGGGGCCCACCCCCAAGCUACCACACCUCCCUCUUACCAAAUAUGCAAAGCACUCUGCCCAUCAAGGAUAAAGACUGUUUGGACCUGGACGCCGGAUACGGGACCGCACUCUCACCUCAGAAACUGGUCGACAAAACCAGUCAGCACCUUCAGAAGUCCCCGGCCACGCCAUCCACGAAAGGCACCUCCAAGAAAUCGACCACGAAAGACUACCUCCCUCCCGCGAGCUCAGGGUCUGCUCCGGAGCCCGAAGCUGCACCUAAAGGCUCCAAGAAUGUCCCGCCUCCCUACAGCGCCCUCCGAGGCUCCGCCCUCCAGAACUCGUUUGCAAGUAAACGAGGAUCAACCCAUGAAAAUGUGCAUCACUCGGUGCAGAAGGCGUCUAUUAGUUUACCUUUAGCGUUUCAGGAAACCUCUCAGAGUAAGACGGAGCCUCCGGCGGUCGUCAGCCCCCCCGACUCGGUCCUGAUGUCGCCCAGCUCAGCGGAAAAAGCCUCAAAGACUCGAAUCCCGAUGGGGUUUAAAGCGUUUUUAAAAUCUCCCCCCAGCCAUAAAAACAGUUUGUCUGUCGCAGGAAAGCAAGAGAAAGAUCAUAUCAACUCCGUCUCCAAGGAAACGGUGACUUCUUCAAACGCCUCGACGCAGUGUGACAGCGUGCAGCCGGCGCACGCCAUCGAUUCCUCCUCCAAGACGCCCGUGACAGAGGGGAAAGGGGACGUCCGGAGAAGGUCACAGGAGGAGGCGGCUGCCGAGGGGGGGGAUGUUGGCGACAAGGGGAAAAGGAGCAGUCAACUUUUCUCCAGAUCCAUAUCCGUCACCACCAAAUCUCACCUGAAGCCGGCGCUGGGGAUGAACGGCGCCAAAGCCCGGAGCCAGAGCUUCAGCACCAACUACAUGGAGAAGCCCACCAUCAACGUCCUGGAUGUGCCGGGAAAGAUCCGGACGCAGAUCAUCACCAACUCCGGGGAGCGCGGGAACUCCCUCUCCAGACAGAGCUCCCUGGAGGUCCCGGGGGUCGGGUCGGCCGAGAGCCCGGUCCACGCCCCCAGGAGCCGGCUGAGCCACUACGGAGGCAUGACGGCGUCCAACUGUCAGAACGUUCUCCCUGAGAGGAACGCUAAACCAGGCCCUAAAGGUGAAGGGUCGCAGGGCGCAGGGAAAGGCGAGGACGUCACCUCCCCUUCUCAGAAGGAGGGGCGGAGCUUACCCAUCGGCGACAGGACUGGGUUCAACCACAUCCGCAAGCCGGGAAAAGUGGCUUCUCAUCCUCCGUCCUCUUGUGUGUUCAGCUCAGAAAACCCUGUGCGGGAGACGGUCGGCAUAGCAACCAGCGCUAAUGAGCCAGACUUCAGCAGGGAAGUCAAACCUCCGGCGGACUCGCCAAACAAACCCGCGGAGGUGGAGGAGAAGAAACUCAGCCCCACGACCUGCACCAUCGAGGAGAAGGUCAUGAUGGGAAUCGAGGAGAACCUGCAGAAGUGUCAAGAGCAACAGGGGAAGGUCGGCGCCGGCGAGGUCAAGCAGAAGACCGCCCCCUCCCUGGCCAACUGGUUCGGCCUCCGCAAGAGCAAACUCCCGGCGCCGGGCGGCAAGAAGGCCGACGCCCCCAAGGGGAAGGAGGAGAAGAAAGAGCUGAAGAUCGGAUCGGUGCUCGGAGGGAAACAGGUGAAGUCGGACAAGAAGAAGGACAAGAAGAAGAACGAGGAGGCGCAGACUCUGUCGGAGAUGAACAACAAGCUGAGCUCCAUCAUGGACCACUGCAACAACCAGAUGGGUCAGAUCGCCAGUCAGAUCACCUGCUCCACGGCGUUCAUCGGCAAGGACCAGUUCGUCAAGGAGCUGCUCGGCAGGACGGCUGUGAAGGGCAACGCGGUGUCCCCCCCGCCGCCGGGAGCGUCCACGCCCAAGAAGCACGUGGACAUGGAGACGUGUCCAGAUACGGCUACGCUGCUCAUGACUCAGAGGAUCCACCUGCGAGCGGAGAGCGACCACGCACACAUCCAGGAAUCAGCCUGUCAGGAUCACAUGAUCGGCUCCGGCUGUCAGAUGAGAACCCUCGACAGCGGCAUCGGCACCUUCCCUCUCCCCGACUCCGUGACCCGGGCCGGCGGGCGCCACCUCCCCAAGUCCGAGUCCAGCCCCGAGGGCGUGAGCGCCGGCUCGUCCAAGCUCGACCUGGACCCUCCCUCUUCUCACCCUGACCCCUCUCACCCCGAAGUGCCUUCCCUCCCAAACACCCGCCUGCAUGCCCCCACUAGCAUGGGUCACUCCCUGUCCGAGCCCACCGUGACCUGCAGCAGCGACGGCCCGGACCCCCAGAGCCGACUGCCCAGACUCGGGUUAACUUCAGACGCCGUCAGGACGAAGAGGUCGAGUCUUUGUGUUCCACCGAGCAGCGACUCCACGGACGACAAAGAGAAAGAGAACGAGAGGAAGAUGAAGAACAAGGACUAUGAUAUUCCUGCUGAUCGAGUUCUGCACGUGUGCACGUACUCGGGCAGCAGCAGCGACACGGAGACGGAGCUGGAGGUCUCGCCACAUCGGACCCUCGUCCACAGAACCAGGAGGAGCGACUCAGUGGAGCCGAGCGAGGAGACGCUGAGGAGGAGCGGCGUGGAGAAGCCUCUGUCCAUCAUGGACUUCUACCCUCACGACGUGUUCUCCCACCUGGAGCUGGACACCAGGAGGACGUCUCAGUACAACCUGCUGCACAAGGAGACGUCGCUGGACGGGAAGGCAGGAGACCGACUCAGUAAGGAGAUGAUCCCGAUGGAGAAGACGCCGUCCGGAGCCGACCAGCCCAGCUCCCUGGACUUCUCCCUGGAGUCUCUGAACAAGCUCAACCACAGCAGCAGCUCCGGCGGCGGCCACAGAGGCGUGUGCCAGGCUGAUGGAGGGCGGAGCCUGGAGGACUGCAGCCGAGUGGACGAGCCGUCGUCCUCCAGCUUCUCCAGCAAGGCCCCGGGCUCCCAGAGCGACUCGCUGUACGACAGCUUCUCCUCCUGCACCAGUCAGGGAUCCAAUGACGUGUAGGAGAGUCUCGGGUUCUGGUUCCACAGACGCCCAGUGCUCCUCCUCUUCCUCCUGAGGGUCCAUGAGGCGAUGGCGAGUGGGCCGAGGCGUUCUCCAGCUCUGACCUCCGACCUCUGGACACACAACACGAAGCACUUAGCCGUGGAGGACGAACCCGAACCAGGACUGGAGCUCGUCCGGGUUCCCGUGGGCCGGACGCCGAUGUUCCUCUGGUUCCUCUACCCCAGGAACUUCUUAUCAUUGCACUGUAACAGGAAGUGACAACGUGUGUGAGGAACUGCGAGCAGGAAGUGAUGAAACAACACUGAGACCCGGGGCUCAUUCUACGUUUUGCUGCUAAGUUCAUCGCCCGUAUAACUCAGAAAUAAAAGAAAACCCUGGUUCCUCUUCUUUUUAAAAGCAAUAUUUUCUACAAACCAACUUUCUGUUCAUCUUGUGAACUCGUUGCCAAUCUCGUGUCUCGUGUGCGUGAGCGACAGGAAACCAGUGACUCGUCUCACGCCACUCGACCUCCACGCGGUACUCUCACGUGUCUCUGAAUGAAUCACAGGUACAACACACGUUCGUAGCUCAGGGAACAAACUGGACUCGUGUAGAUUGUAAAAAAAAAAAUUCAGCCGUCAGGAAAACACGGAUUCAACUCAACUCGUCUUUUUCCUUUUGGGAUUUUUUAUAUAUUUGAAAUGAAAGUUUCCACUCGAACCUGAACUCUCCAAACCUCAGUUCAUAGUUGUAUAUUAUGUUGUACAUACAAAUGACUAUAAGUUAAUAUCAGAAUGGGGCAUUGCUGAUGGAUAUAUGCAAAUGAGACAAUAAAAGAAAAAAAAAGAUGUAAAUCGUUUGCCGAUCUCUGAACUGAGCUUUUAUUUGAACUCUGCUGUUUGUUUAAGGAAUUCUUUUUAAAAGUCAUGAUAAUAAUAAUAAAAGUCUUUAUUUUGACCAAUAAGAGCUAAUACUCAAAUAUUUUAUCACUUUAUUUUAAGGACAUAUUUUGAGGCUUCGCCAAAUUUCUACCUGGACUUUGAGCAGCUGGUGCUAAUCAUGGGAGCGACUGUGUGUUUUCUAUGAAUCUGUUAAUAUUGUAUGAAGAGAGUCUGCACAGGACUUGUGUAUUUUUCUAGAUGUCCAGUAUUUAUACCCACAUUUUGUACUUUGUGUCGGGACUGUAGUGUGACUGUCCCUUCCCUGUGUCAAGAGAAAUGGCUGCCAGCAGUGUUACUUUAUGAUUAUUAAUAUUAUUAUUAUUAUUAUUAUUACUGUGUGCAAUUCUGUCUGUUACACUAGACUUUAAUGCUAUAUUUUAUGUAACUAUUUCCUAAAUAAAUAUG